AUUACAGGUGCAUGCCACCACGCCUGGCAGAACUGUGAAUCUGCUCUGGACGGGCCUCAUUCAAAAACUGGUGACCCUUUGUAGCUCAGGUUCAGGGACAGAUGGCACGGGCCUCCACAUACGAGCACUGUGGAAACUGAGGCUCGGUAUGGGUUCAGGUCUCACGCAGGGUCCAGGGAAGGGCCAGUGGCAGAGCUGGGACUGUGACUCAAGCCUUUGGGUUAAUGGUCCCCUUAGCAUAACACUUUGGGUUAAUUGCCCCCCUUGGGGGGGCCACCUGGUGCUGUCCCAGGCUGAGUGGGGGGGGCGUGCCUGGGCCCCUGGAGCACUCCCAGGAUGGGUCCUUGUGUGUCAGCUGAGGUCACAAAGCCCCUCUGGGCUCCUCCCAGCCCAGUCCUGUCUACCCCCGCAGGACCAUAGCCACAGCCUGUGUCCCCCUACCCUGGGAGGCUGAGCUCAGGGGCCAGGGCCCGUGGGGUGGGGUGGCCCCUGGCGGGUGUGUCCUUCCUGAACUCAAGCCUGUGGCCAUCAUGCAGCGGCUUUGGAACACCUGGCCAGCCCAGCCGCUCCAGGGCCCCUGAAAGUGGGUCCCCGUUCUGGGCAAGCUGCAGAAGACCCUCCAGAAGGGCGAGUACCUGCCCCUACGUCUGCUGCCCAUGUUCGAGAGUAACUUCAUGCAGCCACCCCAGGUGACAGAAAUUGGGAGCCCCGUGUUCCUGCAUCACAGAGCUAACCUGGUGACCAUGGGUGUGGCUGCCUCUCUGCCUGGCCUGGUGCUUCCAGACAUCCUGCUCUUCGCUCACCCCUGGGCCAGGGAUGGCCCCUGCCUCGAGCUGACCAGGAUGAUCCCGCUGGACUUUGUGCCCCUCUACAUCCAUGACACAUCUGCCCGGUGCCUGAAACUGUGGCUGGUCACUGCCCGCUGCUACUACCUGGACCUGGAGGCCCCUGACCACGAGAUGGGCUUCCUGUUGGACUGUUGGGUGCGCCUCGCUCACCUGCUCCAGGAGCUGGCAACCGCCUGGGCCUCUUGGCCCCUGCACCGGUCUGGCCAUGAUGCGCCCCUGGCCGACGUGCCUCCCUCCACCUGGCGCCUGCAGGACCUGGCCCACGGCAGCCAGACAGCUACCACGGAGGAGCCCACCUUUCCUCGUAAGAGCCCCACUGUACAGAAGCCGAGGAAGGCCAAGCGCAGGUUCAAGUCCCGGGCCGUGGGCGACUCCGUGCCUCUCAUCUGGCCACAGCAGGAGUGUGCUGACUUGAGGACGAAGUCCACGGAAAAGAGGGAAGGCCAGCAUCACCAUCCGCACCAUCUUCAGCAUCAUCUCCAGCACCAUCCACCAGGCCAGCUAUCCCACAGGGCUGGGCCUGGCCGGGGUCUGAGGGAGGAGGGUGGGCCUUGGGACCCCGGGUCUGAGGGGGGAGGCUGGGAGCCAGGCCCUGCCCUGGCACUGACCCUGUACCCCUCUCCCACGACCAGGCCUGAGCACCUGACUCUGAGGCGGCCCCGGCCAGGAGGGCCUGACUGCAACCCCUUCCCGCUGUGUCUCACGGAGUGGCGCUGCCCUUUCUCGGCUGGGUCCAUUGACUCCUUGGAGAUGCUCCUGUGGCAGCGUGACACUGAGGAACUCCUGGACCCAGAAUCCAGUACUCUGUCCUCCUCCUCCUUGGGCACAGCUCCAUACUCCCCUGCCCUGUACUUCUUUCCGCCCUGUCCCUCUUUCCCCGGUCCUCAGGACAAGGCCAGACAUGUGGACUCGAGGCUGGGCCAGGGGCCACCGUCCCAGAAGGCCCCGGCUGGCGCUGGCCCACAGCGGGGAGCACCGGUCACCAUGGACCAGUCGCAGAGGGCGCCAGCUGUCUUAGCCCCAUCCUGGAAGACCCCAGCUGCCUCUGCUGGGCCCCAGAAGUCCCCAGCCACCUCCCCCCCGCCCAUCCCAGAAGGCCCCGGCUGUGCUCCCCCACCCCACAAGCCACCGGCCCAGUCUCGGACAGUCCUGCCUGCACGCAGGAGUCCCCAGGCCCCAGAGAAGGGGCCUCUGUUCCUGCCCACCCUGUCCCAGCAGAGCUCUGCCCCACCACCCCAACCGCAGGCGGCCCCCAGCCCUCCCGCCUUGCAGGGGAAGCCCCCAGCCCGGCUCAACGUGGUGCUGGCAGGACCUCCUGGAGCGGAUGUGACCGGGAGAAGCAAGUGCAAGGGGACACUGGUGCCCGGGGUGUUGGUGGGCAGCCAGGAGACGAAUGGGAUGGCGAGGACCCAGAAGGUGUCCCUGGAGCUGCCCUUUGCCACCACCGCCAAGGAGCCCAAGGAGGUGCUGGUCAGCCAAGCCCAGGAGGUCACCCUGCGGGGCUGGCGGGACCAGGCAAAGUUGGAGGACACGGCCCACAGGAGGAGGGAGGAGGUGUGGCUGGACCUGCCAGGCAUGAGGUCCAAGGAGGCGGGGCACAGGAGAAGGGUGAGGACCCAGCAGGUGGCCAUCGAGGGUCCUGGCCAGGAGUGCAGCAGGGCCUUCUCUGUGGAGGACCUCUUGCUGGCCAAGCGGCUGACCAAGGCCAACUCCAAAGAGCAGCGCCUGAGUCCCCCUAUGGCUUCCCUGCCCUCCUGGCUCUCGGGGACUUCCCGGGCAGCAGCCCUGUGGCUGGAUGUCCAGGUCUCGCUGCCCUUGAGUCCCAGCCAGCUGUCCCUGCUGCAGGACACACGAGUGGUGGUUAGGGAGCAGCCAGAGUUUCACCCCUGCAUGAAGGAGCCAGUGGAGCGACAGACCGACCGAGAGCCACCCCAGGGCUCAGGCGGGCCUUCCAAGGGGCGCUUCAGCCCCAUGCCUGGCUCUGACAGCCCGAUGAGGGCUGCAGAGCCCCUGUUGCCCGUUCCCCCUCCCGCCUCGCUGUGGGAGGACUUGCUGAAACCUCCCCGCCUGCCAGCCUCUCAGCAGCUUUCAAGGGCCACAGAAGGGCCCCCGCGGAUGCCCAGGCAAAGCGUCCUGCCAGUGCUCUUGGAAACUCAGAGUGUGAGGGAGGGGGCCACCAAGGCGCAGAGGACAAGGGGGAACCUGGGAUUCCUUCAGCCUUUGGCCAGCCGGCUGUGUUCCCCGUGGUUUCAGUAGCAGGUCGCAGAGGCGGCGGCUUGGUGGCAAGUUGUUGAGGAGCCCGCGGGGCCAGGUACCCCCGAGAUCCUGGGACCUGCCUUAGGCCGCCCCGGAGCGGGCCAGGACUCAUCUGCCCUUUUCCUCCGCCCACAGGCCCCAGGGUGCUGGGCACCCUUCCUCGGAGUGCUGGAAGGGCUGGUGGGGUCCCUCCUCAGGAGACAAGAGCUGUCUGUAUAUUUAUAUAUGGGGGUGUGGGGUGGCAAGAGGCCCCCGAGUAGAAAUUAAAGACCUGAGUC